ACCAAUAGAAGCAUUCCUCCCUCCCGCCCUCCUCCUCCUCUCCUCCUAAAUUUGGAGCAGAGCUGGAGUCGUCGGCCCCGAAAUUGAACGAAAAUAUCUCAAGGCCGAACGACUCCCCAUUCAUGCAUUCCUCCGGCGUCGCCCCACCGGCGGCGUCGGCGAAGAUCCUUUUCGGAAAGUACGAAAUCGGCCGUCUCCUCGGCGUCGGAGCCUUCGCCAAAGUCUAUCACGCCCGCCACAUUCCCCUCGGCCACAAUGUUGCCAUUAAGAUCAUCAGCAAAGCAAAGGUUAUCCGCAGCGGUCUCGUCGUCAACACCAAGCGUGAGAUCGUCGUUAUGCGCCGCCUCCGCCACCCCAAUAUCGUCCGCCUCCUUGAAGUCCUCGCCUCCCACUCCAAUAUCUACUUUGUCAUGGAGUACGUCAAGGGGGGCGAGCUCUUCUCCCACGUCUCCCGCGGCCGCCUUCCCGAAGACCAAUCCCGGCGAUUCUUCCACCAACUCAUCUUCGCCGUCGCAUUCUGCCACGCUCGAGGUGUGUUUCAUCGUGAUCUGAAGCCUGAGAAUUUGCUACUCGAUGAUUCUGGUAAUCUCAAGGUCUCCGAUUUCGGCCUUUCUGCGGUGGCGGAACAGAUCCGCUCUGAUGGCCUGUUUCACACCCUUUGCGGCACUCCAGCCUAUGUUGCCCCAGAGAUUCUAUCAAGAAGGGGAUACGAAGGCGCUAAGGUCGACAUUUGGUCCUGCGGUGUCAUCCUAUUCGUCCUCAAUGCUGGAUAUCUCCCCUUCAAUGAUCCCAAUUUGAUGGCAUUGUACCGUAAGAUCUACCGCGGUGAGUACCGAUGCCCUAGAUGGAUUUCUCCGGAGCUCCGGCAAUUGCUUUCCAGGCUCCUCGAUACAAAUCCGGGGACGAGGAUAACCAUCGAGGGGAUUCUGAAUGAUCCCUGGUUUAGAAGGGGAUUAGAGGAGGGAAACAUGCUUAAAUUGAUGAGAUUCCGGGAGGAUAUCGAGGAGCGAAUAUCUAGGGUCGAGAGGGAAAAUGAGGAAGACGAUGAUAGAGAUCUCAAUGCCUUCGAUAUCAUCUCCCUGAACCCGAGAUUCAACCUCUCCGGCUUCUUCAAUCCAACCGUGGAGGCUCUGCAGCGUUUCAUCUCGGCAGGACCGGUUGAGGCGGUGCUGGAGAGAGUGGAGACGGUGGGGAGGGAAGAGGGGCUCGUGGUUCGCCGGCGGCUGAGGGGAUUCAAGGGUCGAGGCAGCGCUGCCGUGCAGGGGAGGAUGGGGGCCCUCAUCGCUUGGGUGGAUGUUUUCCGUCUUUCCCCGGAGUUAGUGAUGGUGGAAGUCGAGAGAGGCGGCGGGAUGGAGGCGGCGAAGUGGAAUGUGGAGUUCUGGAGGGGGAGGCUUGCUGCGGCGAUCAGAGGUUCGGUUCGGCCAGCGAGCCGCCGACACCGGUCUGCGCGGGGUUGA